CACUAGCUUUCUUCACCACUUCAAUCUGAAUCCGCUUUAUUCUAAAUUUUAGAGAUUCAUACACGCCUGUAUCUUAAUCUGCUCUAGAACAAUUUUGAAUUCUAAAAAUUAUGGUGACGGAGGAGCAGCGGUUGUGGGAUGGAGUUUUGGAGCUGACAAAGGCGGCUCAGGAGAAGGGCACCGACCCUCUUAUUUGGGCCAUGCAGCUUUCUUCUAACCUCACCGCCGCUAGAAUCUCCAUGCCCUCCACCGAGGUGGCGGAGCUUCUUGUAUCGCACAUUUGCUGGUCCAACAAUGUACCCAUAGCCUGGAAAUUCCUUGAAAAGGCUCUGACUAUUCGUAUAGUGCCGCCUAUGUUUGUUAUAGCGCUUCUCUCCACUAGGGUAUUACGCAGUCGUGGGAGGUAUCCGGUGGCUUAUAGGUUAUACUUGGAGCUUUUAAAAAGAUAUGCUUUUUCGUUGCUAUCUCUAAUUAAUGGCCCAAACUAUCAAAAGUUUAUGGAAUCCAUAAAUGCUGUUCUUCAUUAUUCCCAGAUAUUUGAAAUUCAGUCAUCCGAACCUGGGAUUCAUGUUGUUGCAUUUAUAUUUUUCAUUGUGUGGGAGCUGCUUGAUGCAUCUCUUGACGAUGAAGGUUUGCUAGAACUCACAUCUGAGAAGAAAUCAAGGUGGCUAGCCAGGAGCCAAGACAUGGAAAUAGACAAUCCUGACAGCUUUGAUGGGAAGAGAAUGGAAUGUCAACAAGCAAUGCAUAAAAUGAAUACUAUAACAGCUCUUGAAAUAAUUGGUGAAUUUUUUCGGAAUAAAAUAACUUCACGGAUCCUCUAUUUGGCUCAUAGAAACAUGCCCAUGCAUUGGGAAUGCUUUAUUCGGAACUUGCAUCUGCUUGCUGCUCAUUCGUCAUCUUUAAGAAACUCGAAACAUAUUUCUCCAGAGGCCCUCUUGCAGUUAACAGCUGAUACACAUCAAAUCCUAUCUCGUAAAUGCAGAACAAAUUUACAGCAACAAUUUCAUGCUGUAACAGCUGGGUCUCCUAUGUCUUCUGCUGGUCAGUGUCAUGGUGUUGGCCGUUCAGCACUCUGGCUUACUAUAGAUCUUUAUCUUGAAGACACAAUGGAUGGAACACAAGUGGCAGCUACCAGUGCUGCUGAAACUCUUACAGAUUUAGUGAAGGCUCUCCAGGCAUUAAAUCAGACCACCUGGCAGGAUGCAUUUCUCGGUUUGUGGGUUGCUGCUCUACGUCUUGUUCAAAGGGAAAGGAAUUCAAGCGAGGGUCCAGUUCCUCGGCUUGAUACUUGUCUGUGCAUGUUAUUGUCUAUUACGACACUUGCAGUUGUCAAUAUUAUUGAAGAGGAGGAUAUUUCUUUGAUCAGUGAAACUGAACGAAGCUCCAUCGGCCAAAGGAAAGAUGUACAGCCUGUGGGAAAGCUUCGGCGAGACCUAGUUUCCAGCUUACAGCAGUUGGAUGAUUUUGAAGGCUUGCUGAUUCCACCACCUCCUGUAAGUUCAUUGGCUAAUCAAGCUGCUGCAAAAGCAAUGAUAUUCCUUUCAGGCAUAACAGUUAGCGGUGGACACCUUGAUGGCAAUUGUUUGAAUGACAUGCCUGUGAACUGCUCAGGAAAUCUGCGCGAUUUGAUUGUUGAGGCUUGCAUUGCUAGAAAUGUGUUGGACACAUCUGCAUAUAUGUGGCCUGGAUAUGUAAAAGGUCGUAGCAACCAAGUUCCUCGAAGCAUUUCUGGACAGAUGCCUGGUUGGUCAUCAUUAAUGAAAGGAUCCUCCUUAAGUUCUCCAAUGGUCAGCGCCUUGGUAUCAACUCCGGCUUCUAGCUUGGUAGAAAUAGAGAAAAUGUAUGAGAUUGCUGUGACUGGUUCAGAUGAUGAGAAGAUGUCUGCUGCUACUAUAUUCUGUGGGGCUUCUUUAACUCGUGGCUGGAAUAUACAGGAGCACACAGUGUGUCUCAUCACAAGACUGCUUUCGCCUGCAGUUCCUACAGACUUUUCUGGAAGUGAGAGCCAUUUGAUUGGUUAUGCGCCAUUCCUGAACGUUCUCCUAGUCGGAAUAUCAUCUAUCGAUUGUAUUCAGAUUUUUUCCUUACAUGGCAUGGUUCCACAACUUGCCGGUUCAUUGAUGCCAAUCUGUGAGGUCUUUGGUUCCUGUGCACCCACCAUGUCAUGGACUCUUGCAACAGGGGAGAAAAUUUCUUCCCAUGCUGUAUUUUCUAAUGCAUUCACUCUGCUGUUGAAGUUGUGGAGGUUUGAUCAACCACCUCUGGAAAAUGUAUCAGGAGAUGUCCCUCCAGUUGGAUCGCAUAUAACUCCAGAAUACCUCUUAUUGGCGCGCAACUCCCAGUUAGCAUCAUAUGGGAAUCCACUAAAAGAUCAAAAUAAAAUCAAAAGACUGUCAAGAUUUUCAAGUCCAUCAUCGAGAGAGCCAAUUUUCAUGGAUUCUUUUCCGAAGUUAAAGUGUUGGUACAGGCAGCAUCAAGAAUGCAUUGCUUCUAUCCUUUCCGGUCUUGUACCUGGAUCCCCUGUUCAUUAUAUUGUUGAGGCCGUCCUGAAUAUGAUGUUCAGAAAAAUAAAUAUGGGAGGUCAACCGCUGACUCCUACAACUUCUGGAAGUAGCUCCUCUUCUGUGUCUGGAGCUGACGAUUCCUGUCUACGUCUUAAAUUACCUGCUUGGGAUAUUCUUGAAGCUGUUCCCUUUGUGCUUGAUGCUUCCCUUACUGCCUGUGCCCAUGGGAGAUUGUCACCCCGUGAACUGACCACUGGUCUCAAAGAUCUUGCCGAUUUUCUUCCUGCUUCCUUGGCAACAAUUGUAAGUUACUUCUCAGCAGAAGUGACUCGGGGACUUUGGAAGCCAGCUUUCAUGAAUGGAACCGACUGGCCGAGUCCUGCUGCAAAUUUAUCCAUGGUUGAACAACAGAUAAACAAAAUCUUAGCUGCCACUGGUGUUGAUGUCCCAUGUCUUGCUCUAGGGGUAAAUUCUCCAAUGACUCUUCCAUUACCCCUGGCGGCCCUUGUUAGUCUCACAAUAACCUUUAAACUUGACAGGGCUUCUGACCGUUUCCUAAACUUGGUUGGCCCAGCCUUGACUCACCUUGGCACAGGUUGCCCCUGGCCAUGCAUGUCAAUAAUAGCUGCCUUAUGGAUUCAAAAGGUAAAGCGAUUGAAUGACUUCCUUGUCUUCUCUGCAUCCCGAACUGUAUUCCACCACAACACUGAUGCCGUGGUUCAACUCCUCAGAGCCUGCUUUUCAACAGUUCUUGGCCUCAAUUCUUCUGUUGCAAGCAAUGGUGGUGUAGGUGCCCUUUUAGGCCAUGGCUUUGGCUCUCACUUUGAGGGAGGCAUUUCUGCAGUCGCCCCUGGAUUACUCUAUUUACGAGUUCAUCGAGCUGUUAGAAAUGUCAUGUUUAUGACGGAAGAAAUUUUAUCUCUUCUUCUGCAUACUGUUAAAGAUAUUGCAACUUGUGGGUUGCCUGCAGAGAAAUUGGAGAAACUGAAGAAAACUAAAUUCAGUUCAAAAUAUGGUCAGGUUUCUCUUGCCUCUGCAAUGACUCAGGUUAAGGUUGCAGCUUCACUGGGGGCUUCUUUGGUUUGGAUGACUGGUGGAUUGGGCUUGGUUCAAUCUUUAAUCAAAGAAACACUUCCAUCACGGUUUAUAUCAGUUCAUGGGUCGGAGCCCAAUGGGGAGGAUUCAGGAGGCGUGGUUGCAAUGCUUGGUGGCUACGCACUGGCAUACUUCGCCGUCUUUUCUGGAAUCUUUGCCUGGGGAGUUGACUUGACACCACCUGCGUGCAAACAUCGGCCUGAAGUUGUCGGAAAGCACUUUGAAUUCCUAGCAAGUGCCCUAGACGGAAAAAUAUCGCUUGGUUGUAACAAGGCUACGUGGAAGGCAUAUGUCACGGGUUUCGUGAGCUUGAUGGUGGGAUGCACUCCGAUGUGGAUGCUGGAGGUGGAUGUACAAGUUUUGAAAAGUGUUAGUAAAGGAUUAAAACAGUGGAAUGAGGAAGAACUUGCACUUGCCCUCCUUGGAAUUAGUGGGAUCCAUGCAAUGGGUGCAGCUGCUGAAAUGAUUAUAGAAUCUGAAUUUUGAAUUUUGUUAGGUAAUUUGCUCAGAAAAUUUUAGUUUAUUUAAAAGAUUUCUACCUAUGAGGAAACUUGUUUAAUUAAUGUAAAUGUAGAGAGAUGGAAUAUAGUUAUGUAUAGUUUGAAGUUUUGGUUUAAUGUAAUUUAACCAUCUGUACAUAUGAUUCUCCAGGGAUUGGAGCAGAUUUUUUAUUUUUGGUUGGACAUUAGAUUAAAUAAUUAGGUCUAUUUUGGCUUCAAACAUGGUGUAUAACUGUAUUUCAA